GACUGGUACAACUACGACAUCUAUGCCCGCGUCUGCAUGCUCUACGGAUCCUGCCACUUCCUGUAUGCGGUGACCUACUACUCGAUCGGCACCACCAUCUGCGAGCUGCGCGGAUUCUGGAUCAUGUGGUCCCUGCCGAUGCUCUUCAUGACCGCGCAGGAUCUUCUCGAGGCGCGGAAGAGGCAUGAGCAGUUCCCGAGCUACGACGAGCUGGAGCGGGGCGCGGAGGGCGCGGCCGGCGAGGGGCAGCUGGCCUGGCUGCUGGAGCCCGCGGCCUCGCCCGCGCGGUUUCUGCGGGAGGCCUGGGAGCGCGCCGCCCUGCACGUGCCCAGCUCCCCGGCGCGCCGCCGCUGGGCCGAGGCCGCGCUGAGGCCGGGCGGCGCGCGCGAGGGCGAGGGCGCCGAGGGGCCCAAGGGGCCCGAGGGCUGUCUGCGGGGCCUGCUGGGCGGCGGCGGGGGCGGCGUGGCGGAGGGCGCGCUGCUCGUGCGCGCGGCGGGCAGGGACGGCCUGGACGAGCGGCACGGUGGCGGGGACGGCGCCGCAGCGCUCGGCGCGGAGGAGCUCCUGGAGGGCCUGGCGCAGGGCUACACGCUGCUGCUGCCGCGCGCCGAGGGCGCGUUCCCCCGCCUGGGCCGCCUGGUGGCCGCCCUUGGGGCCGAGAUGGGGCUCGUGGGCAAUUGCGCGCUGUACUGGACGCCGCAGGUGGGGCGCCAGUGCUGCGCACUCCUGGGCCCCGUACCGCUUCGACGACCACUGCGUCUUCGUUGUGCAGCUGCAGGGCUCCAAGCGUUGGCGCCUGCACGGCGGCGGAGCUGCGCCCGAGGUGCUCCCGCUAUUGGGCGAGAAGGCGGCGGCCGGCGCGGGCGGCGCGCCGGGCCGCCCUCCGCAUGA